UAAAUAGGAUUUGAACUCGUCUGAAUGAAUGAUUGAUGAACCCAGAGAAGGUUAUGAGUGGAGGAGGAUUGGUGUUUCAGUUCCAUUUCCAGUUUCAGCAUAGUAUAGGAAAUGGAAUUGCCAUUGGCAGCAACAACCAAAGCUGUCAAACGUAUGCUUCCUCCAAUUCCCAUUCCAAACGCAGGUGUCCAACUCUUGCCACAACUAUCACGCAUGCCUUUUCUCUCUCCGGCUCCGGCUCCGACGCCGAAUAUCCGUAUGCUUCCUCCAAUUCCCAUUCCAAACGCAGGUGUCCAACUCUGGCAACAACUAUCACCCAUGCCUUUUCUCUCUCCGGCUCCGGCUCCAGCGCCGAAUAUCCUGCAGGAGAAUUAAUGGACGCCAGUAGGAGGCAGCAAAAGAAGAGAAUUGCAGGCAUUGAUCAAGAUGAAUUGUUGGAUCCAAAACUCCUUGCUGAUCCAGACAGUUGCUUUUGUGAGUUUAGAGGGGUUGAAAUCCAUCACAAGCUUUAUGACGCAGAGUCAUAUUCUUCAGAUAACUCCUUGCUCAGCCACAGCCAGGAUGCCCAGGACCAGACCCCAACCCCGUCCUUGAAGCUCGGUCUUCCUAUGGUUCUGCUACACGGUUUUGGAGCUUCUGUUUUCUCAUGGAACAAAGUUAUGAAGCGCUUGGCACACCUCACAGGCACCAAAGUGCUUGCCUUUGAUAGGCCAGCCUUUGGCUUGACAUCAAGACUCAAUACUUUUGGGACCAACACUAGUGAUGCAAAACCUCUGAAUCCCUACUCCAUGGCGUUUUCUGUGCUUGUUACCUUGUACUUCAUUGAUUUCUUGGCUGCUGAAAAGGCAAUUCUGGUGGGGCAUUCAGCUGGUUCUCUUGUCGCACUUGAUGCAUAUUUUGAAGCUCCUGAACGUAUUGCUGCUCUGAUCUUUGUUGCCCCAGCGAUAUUGGCUCCACGUGCUAUUCCCAAGAUUGUUGAAGGAGACCUCUCUAAAAGAAAUAACCAGACUAAACGAGACAGGUCAGACUCAAAUAAUCUAGGGAAGCAACAGUUUAAGCUUUUUGAAAUUUUGUCCAAGUUUACCAAGUAUGUCACAGAGGCAAUAAUGCAAAUGAUAAAGAGGAUGGGAGGUGUGCUCAACUCUCUGUAUAAGAAAGCACUUUCUUCUAUUCUUCGAUCUGCCUUGGGUGUAAUGCUGGUAAGGAUGAUAAUUGAUAAAUUUGGUGUUGCUGCUGUAAGGACUGCAUGGUAUGAUUCAAAACAAGUCAACAAACACAUCAUAGAUGGGUAUUCCAAGCCUCUAAGAGCUAAGGAUUGGGAUAGGGCUCUUGUAGAAUUCACAGCAGCAAUGCUUAUAAAUGGCAAGUCCGAAAUGAAGCCACCACUGGCAAAAAGACUUCACGAGAUUUCCUGUCCUGUUCUGAUUGUCACGGGCGACACUGAUCGAAUAGUUCCUGCUUGGAACGCUAAGAGACUUUCACGGGCCAUCCCUCAAUCUAAGCUUGAAGUAAUUAAGAAUUGUGGUCACUUGCCCCACGAAGAAAAGGUUGAAGAGUUUGUUAGAGUUGUUGAGAAGUUUCUGCAAAGAGCUAUUGGUGGGUCAGAGGAGCAUUCUCUACAAGCAGUAACUUGAAACUUGUUCACCUCUUAUUAAACAUGUUAUUAUGGUUAAAGGCAGAAAUUUCUGGUUGAUUCCCCUUCCCCAAUCUUGCAUUUGGAUUUGGAGGAAAAUUAAGAAGCUUUGAUCUACUGCUAUUCCUCUUAUUAAACAUGUUAUUGAGAAUGGUAGGAGAACAAUUUUUUGGAUUGACAACUGGCACUCUCAAGGUCCCCUUUUGCAUCUUUAUUCCAGCAGCAUUAUGUUAGCUAGCGGUCUUUUUAAGGAAGCCAGAGUAGAUAGCAUUAUCAGAAACAAUUCCAGGCAUUGGCCUCAAACUUGUUUCUCAACUCUCCAAGAUAUUCACACAGCUAUUGAUGGGAUUCCUUCUCCUGAUUUUCAACAAGCUGACUCCCUGGUUUGUGUGGCAUCAAAGUGUGGUCAAUUCACUGUUGCCAAGACUUGGAAAUAUCUGAGACAUAAUCAGGACCAAGUUUCUUGGCAUAAACGCAUCUAUUGCUUGGUUACGCAUCCUUGAUAGGCUACCUACUUAUCACGCCUAUAUAAUGAGGGGAUUUCUUUGCAAUCUACAGCAUGUUACCUGUGUGACAAUUCUGAGGACUGCAGAUAUCAUAUAAUUUUUACUUGGUUCUUGUUGUAAGGAAAUCUGGUCUGCCAUUUUUUAUGUCUAGUAUUAAUAGAUCAAUUGGAGAUGAAAAUUCUGAGUUCCAA